AUGUGCGAACGGCUGUACAGAAAAAUAAAAGAACUGGAGUGCGAGUCGAAUCUGUACCUAUCAAACAACAAGGCGCUAUUCGAGAGUAUACAUCAGUUGCUGAGGGAAGGAGUGCCCUCCAUCCCAAGCGCCUGCUACGUGGACGACAAGGUGGCGGACAGAGAAACCAACAGGUACGUUUUGACCAAGUACAUUUACGACGCGGAUGGCAUUAUCUACAAAGUGGAAGCACACUCCAAGGUAACACUAGAGAAGGAAACGAACGCAACACAAAAAUUUUUGGAUGAAGAAUACUUAACAGAUAACGAAGUGGAGGAUAUGUACAAAGAAGACCAGUACAACGUGCUAGACUCAGUGCAAAUAUACGUAGCACAUAGCCAUUUUGAGCAUGUAUGGAAUGAGCAUACCAUGCAAUAUUUCCUGAGCUGUUAUCACGAUGAACAAAAUUUAAAAAUACAUACACAUAUAUUGGAGAAGGAGGAAUUUGGCUACGACAUUCAAAUUGAAUUAUUUGAAGUACCAAGGACACCAGAGAAGAUGCUACUGGUGGCAAAUCACUUGUCAAAAAUACGAGAAGCAUUACAAUGUGGCCCUUUCAUGCACUUUUUCCUGUCCAAUAUACAUGUACAGGAAAAUUCUUUCACUAAAUUUAUUAUUAGACGUAAUGAAGUAAUAUAUCUGUUGAAGAAAAACGACUAUGUUUUGGUCAUUCUAUCUGUGCACUAUGUGGAUAAGCAUGACCGCUGUAUCGUCCUUGGUGUGUGCAAGAGCAUUCAUGCCACAACAAAGUCGAUGGAUUUACAUGGACAUCUGGACUUUUCCUUUUAUAGUGACUUUCCCGCUCAUUUGGUGCCUUCGGAAUUAUUCGUCUACGAAGGGACAGACAAUGGAGACAGCUGUAAUUAUGACACAUGCAUGGAGGGGAGCGAUAACACGGAUAGUGGUGUCAACUUGGAUGCUACAUCCGAUCCUUGCUACCUACCUCAGCGUAGCGAACAGACACAGACCACUUCCCCCAACGUUGGGUUCGUGGCCAUAAAAAUGGAUGCCAAGUUGUUCGCUGGGUGUAAGGAUUUCUCCGAAUUGAUCCAGAUAUCGAGUAGGGUGUCCCAUAUCAUCGUGUCCUUCCGAGAUUUCCUCAACAACGCUGCGGUGCUGUACCGAAUGCGGCGGCGCAGGGCUGUAUAA